AUGACUUCGAUACAGUUUCAAAUUCAAUUUGUUCCUAACAUUACACACUCUUUUUGUGAGGAAUUAUUAAGUUUGGAUCCUCCAUUUGAAUUAUCAUUAAGUAUAAAUGAGCUAAUUUCAUCCUCACCUAAAAGUAGACCAUUAUCUAAACAUCUUAAAGAUCGCGACCUGCAUAAACCACCUAGACCGUGCAAUCCUUUCAUAUUAUAUCGAAGAAAUUUUCAAGCAAGUUUAACAUCGACAAAUUUUCAAGCAGGUUUAACACCGACAAAUGAUAUCAGCAUUGCAUCGAUUCAAGCCGUUCAGAGUUGGGAACAAGAACCUGCCUAUACGCAUUAUUAUUUCUAUAUUAUGUCAAAGGCAGCACAAGAAGUACAUAGCAAAAGGUUUGAAAAUUAUCAAUAUCGCCCUCAAAAAAAGGAUAAUUCAAGAAUAUCAAGAUCGAAUAAUAAUACCAAAAAUAAUUCGAACCAUGACUUGCCUCUCGAUGGAAGUUCCCCAGCAUUCUGUUCUACAGAAUAUCAUAAUAACCCGAUGGAUGAAGAAGAUGCAAUUGCUUACAAAAUGUUUUUGCAAUAUACCAUGUCAACCGAUUUCGUCCAAUCUAAAUGA